UCGCAUCGUUCGUUGCAUAAACCGGUAUUGGCUCGUGUCCCGAGCCGAACGCUCAUCCCCCUCUCGCUCUAGGGCAAGAAAUUGAUUUGAAACCGAGAGAGAGAUGUGAGCGAUUGGGCGGCGAUCGAGGCAUUUGGUGAAAGCGAGAAAGCGUCGGGCAGGGAAGAUGAUGUCCCGGUCGAAUCUAUCGGAGCAGCUGAAUGAUUGGCCCCCCUCGGCCUUCUCCUCGUCGGUAUUCUCACCCGCUUCCAGUUCCUCGUCCAGGGUAGAUGUGGUACUGGUGAUGUGGGAUAUUCUUAUGUUUGCUUGCCUUGUUUUCACUGGAGUUUCUCUAUAUUUCAGGUAUUUGAAGUUUGCAUUCUUUCUUCUACUUGUCACAAUAGUUUUUCUUAUUUGCAUGAAAAUCACAAAGCAAGUGAGACAAAAUAGGAAAAGUAUGCGAAGGCUGCUCCUUCCUUUAUCAAUGUGACUAAUACAAAUGGAUGAGAUGCUUUUCAGCUAUUGUUGCCGAAGUUUUGAGUGUUGAGAUUUGUCGAAAAUCCUGUGUCCUUAAUUUCAAUAGUUCAGUUGAAGACUUGUCUGUGUUUCUUUGUGAUUUAAACUGGUCUGACCAAUUAUUCACAGCAUAAUUUUGGAUGAAAUUGUCAAUAUCUUUUCGAUCUUUGAAAUGAGUAGGCAUUAGUUUUCAAUA